GAAAUGGUUUUGUAUGAUUAAAAAAUACGUUUUUGAUUUUUGAACUCAAGGUUUGUGAUGUAUUUUGAAAAGUCUGUGGUCGUUUUGUCAGAUAUGUUGAGAAGUUGACACAGUAAAAGAUCUUCGGCUCUCAAUUAUCUCUGCUACGUAGUUGGUCUUCUGCAAGAGAGUACUUUUGACGUAGACGAGCCGGAGUUUGACAACGGAGGGUAAACUUUCAGGAGAAAAGUACACAAGGUUGGCGAUGUCUCCACUGGGGGGAAAAAUCGUAUGUAUGAUUCACUUCUAUACUUGCUGUUCGACCUGUGGUGUAUUCACAACAGCAUGGGAAUAUGAACACUUAGCAUGACUACAUAAACUUUAUUAUUUUUAAAAAGCACUUUAGAACACUGAAAGUGAAUAUGGCAAAAAUAUUUAGAGAAGUAUCCAUCAGCAUCAUCAGUAAGUGAUUAAACAGUACAGUCAAGCAAGCUGCAUGUCGUCUACACCCAACUUUCAUAGCCAAAUUUUAUAUAUAUGUUUUGUAUAAAUAGCAUUAUUUUUUCAGUCUACUAACUUACUACGAACUCAUUUUACAUUUUAACCAAAUAACUUAGCUUAAAUUUUCUGUGCUGCAGGUACCUUAUGACGUUUUGUUGUAUUAGGUUGUGUCACGUCAAUGGCUACUAAUGAGUGGUGUGGUAUUCGGAGCACGAUUUGUUCAACUUGUAUAUGCAAAUUCAUGAGGUAAAUCCGUUAACUCUUGACAUACAGAGAAAAAAAUGUGUGAAUUAAAUUGGUAUUGGUAUCAUUUGUAGAAUGAAACUGUAAGUAAGAAUCUGAGUUUGAGGAAAUAACAUGAACACUGUAAUUUUAUACAUGUCACUCAAGUGUUUUGCCAGGGAAAAUGGGGAACAGAAAAUACUGAGAAAGGCUACUGCAUCUGUCAACAUGCAUCGAUUACAUCUGGUUUAUCAGUAACUUUUUAUACUCUAGCAAACAACCAAGAAGUGAUCUGCACUGCAGUGGUCAUGUAGCAGCUUUCUCAGAGCCUGGCAUAGGUAAGAUCUGUGCUUCUAACGCCUUUCUGAGUAACUUUAAGAUUGCAUAUGUGUCAAUCGCAUGCCUGUAUAAGCUCUAAUCUUGUUACUAUUGUUCUGAAUAAAUUGGACUGUGGUUUGUUUACUGUAGUUGUUCUAGAGUUGGUGUUGGAUAAAUGGCAUGGUCUCCAGUUUCUCCAGAUUCUCUGAAGCGCUGUAGAAAUCCUGUGAAUUACACACCUUUCUUCAGCUUUUUGGCAUAACAGAGUGUUGGGUUAGACACAAUGUAUUUCUAGAAACUUGUUUUGGCCAAUAGGUUUUCCAUCUGUCUUCUGUGUCAGUAUCUUUUUUACUACUGUACCUGUUUACGUGAUUCGACUGAAAAUCAUCGUUUAACCCGCUUUAUGUUUCUCACAGAGAAUCCUGACUCCUGAUGCGUACCUUCUGUUGCCUUUGUGUAAGACGGAGCAAUGCAAUUGUGAGAGAGAAGCAGGAAAGAGAUUGAACGGGGGAAAGGAAAAAGAGAGAGCAGCUAAAAGGAUCUUGCUGAGAUGGCUGAUUGUUCUCUUGGGAGACGGUUGGGAGGGAGAUGGGAAGGGAAUUCAGGCAGAUGGAAUAGGGUGGAUGUUUUUAGAGAUGUAGUCCCUUAGGAGAGUGGCUGCAUUGUUUUCUUUGUGAAGUCUUUGCCUCUAACCAGGAUCAAUUAUAAGCAUACAUCAAAUCAUACAAAAUUCUCUUUAACUAAAUGGACAGGAAAUUCUCUGAUAUUCAUCAACAUCCAAACUCAGUACCCUCUUAUAUAUUUUAACUUUAUAUCUCAAGAUCGCUAGUUCUAGAGCAAAACUUCAGCUUUGUUCUUCUGUUGCUGUACAUUUGUGUUAUUUGUUUUUAUGCAGUUUAAAGUAGUGUUGGUUACUUUUUGAGCAUGUGAAUUUUAAUUAAGGACAUUAUUUUGUGUUAGUUAUCAAAAUGCAGAGACAGUUGAAAUACAAAAGGCAUAGAUAAAAAAUAAACAGAAAAUCCAUAGAUAAGAAAAAUUCCAAAUGAUAAUGAACUGACAAUGGAUGGGCAAGAUGCCUUGGAUGUAUCCAGCCUCUCGCCCCGUGUUAGCUGGGAUCCCAGCUGGAUAAGUGGUUAAGCGGAUGGAUAUAUCGUUUGAGGAGUAGAUUCCAAAAUGUAAUGAUUACUGGCUCAAAUUACUGUCUUGCUGAAUGUCCUUUAUGCAGAAACGCAGGUGCUCUGUAGUGUCAAUGUGUACGUGUGUCUGGGAGCAGGGUGGUUCAGGCAGAUGUGUUUUAGCUAAUACAGUCUGAGAGCAGCUGGGCAGGGCUAAUAGACCAAUGACAUCAUCCAAAGAGAGAGAGAAGAGAGAGCAAGACUGGGAGCACAGCUUGCCUAAGGCAGGGAGAGGGAGCGGGGCAGCUCAGUGAGGAGAGCAGCAUGAGAGCGGGACAGUGUGUGUGUGUGAACGGGAGAGGACCAGACAGCAUUCAGUUGACUUUGACAAGGAUAUAAGACCAACAAGAUUUUCCUGCUAGUUUUCUCCUCCUCCCUCUUUGCACCUUUCCCCCUCCCCUUCCCCCCUUUCCCCUUUUUCUUCCAUCCUGUGGCAGUUAUCCCCCCUCACAGGUCCUGCUUCAGGCGGCUCCUCCGGGCAUGCUCCUUAAGCCAAAGUAUGACCGCUUUCGCAAUGAGUCUGUGACCUCCUCCGACGACCUAAUGCAGAGCUUAGCCAUGAGCGGCAAAGUUGUGGCCACACCAGUGGUUCCCUCCUCCACGCCAAGCCUUCCUCUGCCUCCUUUGCCUCCCCUGGAUCCCAGUGCCAGGUCCUCCUCCUCUGCUGGGGCUAUGGCCUUGGCCGACUCUCCUUGCCUGGAUGGGGAACAAGAUGCCACGACAACCUUCUGCAUGCUCAUUCCUAAGAUGCCUCAGUGGAAAUUCUCCAACUCCCUGCUUAGCCGGAGUCCAUCCAACUCCAGUUCCAGCUCCAAUUCUAGCAAGGACUCGGGCAAGACAGCGGCAGCUACUUCCCAGGCCUCUGUCACGUCUUCUUCAUCAUCACACAGGCCCGGUGGUGGAACCUCAGCCAGUGGCCCAGUGGCGAGCCUUGCAGCUGUGCUUAACUCCUGUGACCCGGUGUGUGUCACUCCUUGUUCCCUACAGGCCAUUCGGGGGCAGCGAGCAGUAGCAGCGGCAAAUUCUGCCAGUCCAGGGGGGCACGUAUUUGGAGCCACGGAGGUCAUGGCGAGCCCCGGUGGCUCCAGCAACUUCAGAUCAGGAAUGACACGCAGCACAAGGGUCGAAGGCAUGUGGCUUGGGGGAGAGGACUUCAACCAGAAGGGUAGCUUCAUCCACAAACCCUCUCAAGGCUGGCUGCACCCUGACAAGAAGAUAGUAGGACAAGGCGCGUCCUAUAUUGUCAGGUACAUGGGAUGCAUUGAGGUGCUGAAAUCAAUGCGAUCCCUGGACUUCACCACACGCACUCAAGUGACAAGGGAAGCCAUCAACAGACUGUGCGAAGCUGUGCCAGGUGGAAAGGGGGCUUGGAGGAAGAAGGUUCCAAACAAAGCUCUACAGUCAGUGAUGGGGAAGAGUAACCUGCGAUUUGCAGGCAUGAGCAUCGCAGUCAAUAUUUCCAUCGAUGGUAUUAAUCUGCUCAUUCCUACCACACGACAGGUGAUAGCUCAUCAUCCCUUGCAGUCCAUCUCAUUUGCCUCUGGGGGAGACACAGACACACCUGAUUAUGUUGCAUAUGUGUCCAAAGACCCAGUGAAUCAGAGAGCAUGUCAUAUCCUGGAGUGUUCAGAUGGUUUAGCCCAAAGUGUCAUCAGUACCCUCGGCCAAGCCUUCGAGCUGCAGUUCAAACAGUAUCUGCACAGUCCACCAAAAACCAUGACAUCUGUGGAGAGGUCUGCCAGGACAGAAGAACCAAUUUGGAGGGAUGACGAGGACUUCUCUGAGCCGGAUUACUAUAACCGUAUUCCAGGGAAGGAGCCUCCUGUUGGAGGUGUAGUAGACUCCAGACUCAGGCCCAGUGGAGCCCUCCUUGGUCACAUGCACACUCAACCACAGAGCAAGACAGCAGCUCAGAUGAGCUCACCAGCCAGGAGAGAUCAAGCAUCUCACCAGCCUGGUCAGCUGUGUUAUGAGCUUCACUGGGACACCGAGACAACCUGCAGCUCAGGUCUGACAUCAGAUGGUUAUUUGUGUGCUGACGGUCAGCCUCCAGGCAGCAGGGACUACGAGGAGCAUCAAUAUGUUAACACCCAGAGUCUGGAAAACCUGGAUUCACUUACGCAGGGUCCUGAUGGGCACAGAGGCACCAGGGCACCAGAGAGUCCCAAAAAGGAUCUCUUUGACAUGAGGCCCUUUGAGGAUGCCCUGAAACUCCAUGAGGCCUGUGGUGGAGGUGGUGUUGGGUCCACUAUAUCUGGAGGCUCUGGUGCUGAGGGAGGAGUGGGAGGUGUUCGGGUCUUGGAGGAUCAGUGGCCCAGCCCUCCACGACGCAGAGCCCCUGUUGCUCCAAAUGAGGAGCAGCUUCGCCGUGAGCCCUGGUACCACAGCCGGAUGAGCCGACGAGACGCAGAAAAACUCCUGAGCCGGGACGGAGAUUUUCUGGUAAGGGAGAGCACUACCAAUCCUGGCCAGUACGUGCUAAGCGGCCUACACCGUGGCCUCCCUAAACACUUACUGCUAGUGGACCCUGAAGGAGUGGUCCGGACCAAAGACAUGUUAUUUGAGAGUAUAACCCACCUCGUCUCGUUUCACCUGAAGAAUGAGCUGCCUAUUGUAGCAGCUGAAAGUGAGCUUCAUCUCAAACGGGGUGUCAGGAGGAAGCAGUGAAUUACCUGGACCUGUGUGGGACUCGCUAAAUUCCUAUGUGCCCAUACAAAUCACAUAAAAACUGAAUCUAGGACUCAUUAUGGGAUGAUUUUUCAACGGGAAGAAAGAAUAUCAGCAAUACUUUCUUUCCAUGGACAAUCCUUCUAAGGAGUGUGCAGUAUCUGAUAUAUCCCUGUACUACUUCUGCUUGUUGACAACCAGGAUAAACCAAAUAUCCCUCAUCUGUCAUAAACUCCUCAGCAUGCAGUAAUUAAGCUAACAAACCAACCAGGAUCCACAGUUUGUGCUGUGCCCGAGCUGGAUAAUCACCAACCGAGGUCAAAAAUUAAACUGACAACCUGUCUGGAGAGGAGCUAACCUCAGGAAAUCACAAAAGGAUUUAAUGCACAGUGAAGAAAAGCCUGUAAUUGUGAAGUGCUUCCUUUAAACUACAACUUGCACGACUAGUAAGUCACAGGUUUUUCAAAUCAACCAGUUGUGGGAAUCACCAGAACAAACUGUCACUAAUUUUCUGGUGCACCAAAAAAUUCAAAACAAGAUGUCCAGUUCCACAUUCAGUAGUUCAUCUCGGUACAAAUGCAGGAAAUGAAAAUUCUGCUACUGGUUAGAAUGUAAAGACUGUUAAAUGUUCAUGUUCAAGGUCUGCAGUAUCUGAAUUUAUAACAGCCACAAAGCCUUUAUUGUUUCUCUGAGCUAUUUUAAGCCUCAAAUCCAUAAAAAAAAAGCAUAAUCAUGAUAUACUGAUUAGCCCCAACAUUAAAACCACUGACAGGUGAAGCACACAUCACUGAUUUAUCUGGGAAACAUUGGGUCCUGGCAUUCAAGUGGAAGUUAUCUCGAGACAUCAACCACAUAAACACGACAGAAGAUCAGUCCCAAGUAACAGCAACCUGUGCUCCUCAGGAACAGUUGCAGAACAUGACAAACAGUGCAAGCUGUUGAAACAGCACACCUCCCUGCAGAUUCUGUUUGGGCACCCACAGGAUGGGCCAGAACGAGCCCAAUCCACUGCACCGACUCCAUGCAAAGAGCCAGACAACACGAUGCACCCCAAAACGUCACCUGUCGCUGCACCGAUCGGUCAGAGCCGUUUUGAUGGAACAAGCGUGAUCUACACAAUGGAUGGUUUUAAUGUGGCUCAGUGUAUUUAUCAGUGCAGUGGAGAUAGAUACAUUGUCCUGACUGAGAAGUUUCAUCACAUUUGUUAUUAAAUCUGCUAUUUGUGUUGUUUGUAAGGGCUGCUCAUUAUUUUGGGAAGUCAUGUGUUGUAAAAGCCUGAGUUAAAAACUCCUCCGCAUCAAUGCUCAGUAUAGCCAUGCCCGUUCUCCCCAGCCUCUCCCACUUCAGUGCCUUAAUAACUACACUGACAGGCAUUUGUGUCAGCGUGUAUAUAAUGUGCAUUUAUGCUCUUGUUGCAAAAGAACAGUUUUCUUGCCACGCCAAUGAGUAAAUGAACAAACUUCAGGAUGAUUCAAAGUUGUGUACAUGUAAACAGUAAUGGAAGCUGCUCUUGUUUUGGGGUGAAUGAGUAAUGCUGUCUAUGAUGGUCUUAAAUGUUAUCGUCUUAUAUGUGUGUCCCUCAGAGUUUUUCGUCAGAGGUCAGUCAUAGACAUCUUAAAGAAAGAGCUUAAUUUUUCCCAGCUCAGGGAAGUGCAUCACUUUAUUGUUCUUAUUCCCUGUCUGUACAUUUUACUGACUUGCUUGUGUGUUUUUGCUCCACAAUGUUUCAUUCCCAGUUUUGACAGUGUAAUACUUUGUCUGCUUUCUGCCCUUUUUUCCCUCUCUGUUCUUGGCUAUUUAAGUUUAAUCAGGCCCUCCUUUGUUCUUAGCCUCAGCCUCAUAAAUGCACAUAAAGAUGAGGUAAACUUCAACAGUUUUUAGUGAGAUCCAGAUCAUUGUCAUUUUUUUGUAUCUCCCCUCAGGAAUUUCCUGGACCUUUUCUUCUAUGAUUAACUGACUGACUUUUUGUUAAUAAAAUGUAUUUAAAAA